ACUGCAUCUGUAUUCACAGGACAAAGCAGCAAACACACAUGAACCACUGGAGCAAUCAUCAGCACACCCCAACGGGUUAACGCGACAGUAAGUUGACUUUCAAUCUAGAAUAACACAUCUGCUCUUGCUGUAAGUUUUUAGUCUGAAGCACAAAAUAAUCGGUUUAGCUUUAGUCAGAUUUUUUCUCCUGUGCUGAAAUCAAAAUCCCCUUCUAAGACUUCUACAGCAGCCUUCUCUGCACACUGCAAACUUAAGUGCAUUACAUCUGAGGCAUUAGGGAUUUGGGGGCUGUGAUAUGAAGAGACAUGCCUGACCGCAGGAUACUGCAGAACCAGGGGAGAUCUGUGUGUGUUUUCUGUCACUUUACAUGUGGAUUACUCUCCUAAUAUGGUCUCAACGAGCACACGCAUGAGGACGGUCCACAACUCAUCGUUACAAUGAAAUUCAGACAGAGGAGAAGCUAGUGAUUCCUGGAGCUCCAUGGGAGCAGCAUUGAGGAGCAGAAGACUCUGAGUCCUCUUGAUUCAGGGAAGAGGUCAGCAGGAUGGUUCCACCGCCUCCCACCAACAAGCCACAUGUUUGUUUAUCCACCAUCAUCAUCAUGAGCAGCAUGGCACUGAUGGACGCCUACCUGGUGGAGCAGAACCACGGCCCGCGGAAGAUUGGCAUCUGCAUCAUGGUGACGGUGGGAGACCUCUGCUUCCUCAUCGUGCUGCGGUAUGUGGCAGUGUGGGUUGGGGCUGAAGUAAGGAUGGCAAAACGAGGCUACGCCAUGAUACUUUGGUUCCUUUACAUCUUUGUCUUGGAGAUUAAGGUGUAUUUUGUUUACCAGAACUACAAGGCUGACCGUAAGAGCCUCGACGCAUUGGCUCGGAAAGCUCUGACGCUCCUGCUCUCCAUCAGUAUACCAGCGCUUUUCGUGAUCCUGGUCGCCAUCGACCACAUGGAGUAUGUGAAGGCUUUCAAGAAGAAGGAGGAGAUCAGAAACCGUUUGUUCUGGGUGGUGAUGGAUCUGCUGGACGUUCUGGACAUCCAGGCCAACCUAUGGGAGCCACAGAAGAAAGGGCUUCCACUCUGGGCCGAGGGACUGAUGUUUUUCUACUGUUAUAUUCUUCUUUUAGUGCUGCCCUGUGUGUCUCUGAGUGAGAUCAGCAUGCAAGGCACCAACAUCAGUCCUCACAAGAUGAUGCUCUACCCCAUUCUGAGUUUGGUGACUAUUAACGUCAUCACUCUCUUCAUCCGUGGAGGGAAUAUGCUCCUUUAUAAGGACAACAGGGUGUCUGGGAUACUCAUGGCUAAGAACAUCCUCGCCAUUGUUCUGAAGACGUGCAGCUUUGUGCAGUACAGGAGACAGUUGAAGAGCGCCCCACCUGGGUUUGGAGUGGAAUUACAGAAGAACUCUGUGGCAUUGGGUCGAUCUGGUCAGACUCCUCCACAGGGGGUGCUGCAGGAGCAAACACCGCUUCCCGAGGUCACCAGGUGUGAACAUACGUGACCCAGAAUCUGGAGACUACCAGCACAAGGAAACACACAUCUCUAAUGAAACAAUGUGGAUGUAAGCUUUUACAACAUUUUGCUAGCUUCAUUAUUUUCAUCCGAGAGAAAUGUAAGUGGAGAAUAAUGGUAUGACAGUAGUCAAUAAUUGCAUAAUGCUAAACUUCCUUCCUGACAAUUACAUUUACUUUGCAUACUAUGCCAGUUUGUAAAGAUAAAUGAAAUAAAAAAGAAAAAAGAACAAAAAACACUAAAGCAACAAAUGUCCUUUUAGUAGAAAAAUGGGGAAAGAUUUUUUUUUCAAUUUGAUGCUUUGAUAAAGAGUUGUGUACAUAUCUGCGUUGUGUGUUUGUUACAGCAUGUUUUACUCAGGUCAGACACUGAUUAGACUGAAGAUAGAGUAUGUCUCAUUUCCUAAUUACAAUUCUGAUGAGUUGGAUUUUAAUUUUAAUCUCUUCAUUUUAUUCUCCAGUUAGCUGCUAUUUAAUUGCAAAUGUAGUUCCUUCUUGCCAACACCAUUUAUCUGAAAAAGCCCUUUUAACACCUUGCCCAACCUACUUAGUUUUCAAUGAUUUAAAUGUUCAAUGAAAGAAGAAAAAACUAUUGUAGUAUGCUACGGUUUCAGAUUGUUUAAUUUUAUCAUGUUCGAUGUUAGUUAAUAAUUAACAGAAUGAAUGUACUGCUGUGUUAAUGACUUCCAACAGAUAAAGAAAACUCACUGCCCUAACAAGCCUAUAACUGCUCAUGCAUUUGCUUACCUGACA